AUGAAAAAAGAAGACAAUGUCGUCGAUCGAGAUCUGGAGCGAGCCCUCGUCGUCGCCGUGCCCCUCCCGGCGCAAGGCCAUCUCAACCAAAUGUUGCAAUUUUCUUGCCUCGUCGCCUCCUACGGCAUCCCGAUUCACUACCUCGCAUUCGCCGCCCACAACCAUCAAGCUCGACUCCGUUGCGCCGACAAAAUGAGCCCUCGAGACAUGGCUAGAAUCCGUUUCCACGACAUCCAAUUUCCGCCGAUCCCGUCGCCCAAUCCCGACCCCGACGGGCCAACAAAAUUCCCGACGCAUUUCAUUCCGAUGUUUAGGGUCAUGUUAUCCAUGCGCGAGCCGGUCGCCGCGUACCUUCGGGAAAUGUCGACCAAGUUCGAGAGAGUCGUCGUGAUCCACGACUUCUGCAUGGCGGCCGUGGUCCAAGAUGUCAUCUCGAUUGCGAACGCCGAGCCGUACGUGCUCCCUUGUGUCUCGGCGUCUUUCAUGGCUAUGGUCUAUUUGAAAGACGUCGAGAAAAAAGCGUCGACGGUGGCGGAAUUUUGGGAGGGUUUACCUUCCGUCGACGAAUUAUUGCAGGAAGAAGUUAAGGAGUUCCAGGCGGCACAAAUCGAGGCGUUAGAACGAAUGGCGCCGAAGUCGGGAGACAUCUUCAACACGUGUAGAGCGAUGGAGGCGAUGUUUUUGGAGAUGUUAGAAAAAACUGAGUACGUCGGGAGAAGAAAGCUUUGGGCCGUAGGGCCGACUCUUCCGAUGCCAAAUAAGGACGUCGUCGGGACACCGAGGACGCGACACGAAUGCUUAGAGUGGCUUGACGAGCAAGACCCGAAAUCGAUCGCGUACGUGUCGUUCGGGACGAUGACUUCGUUCACAAACGCCGAGAUUAUCGAGUUGGCGAAAGGGUUGGAGGAUAGCAAAGUGAAGUUCCUUUGGGUGUUGAGAGAAGCCGAUAAGGCGAACGUUCACGAUGAUGACAGGGAAGUUAGGCGGCCGGAGCUACCCGACGGGUUCGAAGAGAGGACGAAAAGUGUCGGGAUGGUGGUCCGGGAUUGGGCGCCGCAAUUGGAGAUUUUGGCCCAUCCGUCGACGGGCGGGUUCCUGAGUCACUGCGGGUGGAAUUCCUGCGUCGAAAGUAUUUCGAUGGGCGUGCCGAUGGCGACGUGGCCGAUGCAUUCGGACCAGCCGAUGAACGCGCGACUCGUGUCACAAGUGCUGAAGACGGGAAUUGUUGUUAAAGAAUGGAGUUGUAGUACGAGGGUCGUGGAAGCGUCGAUUAUAUCGAGUGUUCUGAGGAGAUUGAUGGUGUCGGAAGAAGGGAAGGAGAUAAGAAAGCGGGCCGAAGAGUUGGGGGCCCGAGUGCGGAAGGCAACCCAGCCCGGCGGCACUUCGCGGCUCGAGCUCGACUCCUUUAUAGCUCAUAUUACAAGAUAA